AUGCCACCCGGCGCGCCUGCGCUCCACAGAGGGUUGGCCCGACCUCCAGCUCUAGCCUCGCACCGACGUCUAAUUCCUCGACUCCCACACUCGACUCUGCUCUCACGCCGCCCGCUCCGCACUCACGCACUUGCCUCUCGUCCGACCAAUCCGUCCGCCGCUGUUUCUGUCGCCAAUGCCGACCAUGUCCGUCAAGAGCUAGACCAUGCCCGCAAGGGUAGCCAACACCUGCCUACAACUGGAGUUUCACACACCGAGCGCAAGAACUUUCUUGCUCGCUUGACCUCAUGGAUGCCCUUGUUCCAGCGUCUGCAAGCCAGUCCAGACGCCUUUUCCACCUUCCGCUACGAGGCCGACGUGUGCAAUCGCCUGCCCGUCCCUGAAUCUGCAGACACUCGCUUGGUCGAUCAAUCGCAAUACCUACAAAAUGUCAAUCUCUGGCUGGAGCUGCUCCGUUUCCGCCUACGUCUGGACGGCCAGCAAGGUGCAAUAGACAUCGUCCAAGCCAUCGCUCAUCGUCGCGUCGUCUUGCCUAUACGUGGUCCUCAGGCCGAUCAACUCUGGUCAACCCUCCUCUGGUCCGCCGUUCAGUACCCGAAGAUGCUUCACCAUCUCUAUCCUUAUCUUGUCGAAUCCCUGCCUCGCUCUGGUCUGCUUGACAUCCGCCUAUACACGCGUCUCAUGGGUCCGCUGUUGCGUCAGAACCCCAUGUUUGCUGUAACCUGGCACAAGCGUAUGCAAGCUGAUGGCUUACUUCCACCCGCUUUUGUCUCGGUCUUGGCCCAAUUCGUUACCGAUGUUCGUUGCAGUAACCACAAGUCCAAGGCUACCGAGGUGUUCAAGAAGAUUUAUACUUCAGCCAAAGUAGAACAUGCAUACGAUGAAUGCAUGUUACCUAUCUGUCGCUUGCUCGACUUUUCUGAUGCAGUGGAUAUGCACGCCUUUUUUGAACGGCAUGAUGACCAUCCCUCACUCUCCAUGCAAUCCAUGCCUGUGAUAGCUCAUCUGAUCGAGCACAGUUGGCUUGCCAAAUCAAACAUGAAGUCUAUGAAACCAUCCAUCAGACCUCGCAUUGCCACUCAGAUCUUGGACGCCCAAUAUCACUUUGACCAUUUGAAGCCUACUGAGUCUGACGUGCCACCUGCUGACGCCACCAUGCCUCCUUUCACUCGCGAGAGUAUGAGCAGCAUCGUUGGCGAUGUUCAUAACAUCAGGGAAAAAGAGCUAAAUGAUGCCUUCUGUGCUCGUCUCUUUGCCACAACAGCAUUCUCCAUUGACUUGAUCAUCACCGGUCUGCGUAUGCUUGGAUUGAAAUCGGUGGGCAACCUGGCUCUUAGAGAGAUAGCUGCGCGCGCUCCCAGCCCAGCCGAUUAUAUUAUCACUGUUAACGCUAUCGAAUCCGCAGGCAUAUCUGUUGCUGAUUCGGUCUUCAGCCGUGCGCUACGCUCCUUUGCUGGUCGAAGGGACAAACACCAGAGCUUCGAGUUUCUGAUUACGAGCGACCAGCAUCCCACUGCCUACGAAGACCGCGUCCUACAGAAACAACUAUUCGCAUCCUUCCUGACCUCUGGUGAUCAUAACCAGGCAAAUGCUGUCCUCGAUGUUCUUGCGAUACACCAAGCUCAGCCUGAGAACUAUCAUGCAAAUCUAAUUCUCCAGACAUAUGCUCGUAGUGGCCAGCGAGGAUCCACACUGCAAAUCUUGCAUGAGAUGCGUUUACAUCGAAUUCCAGUCUCCGAUGCAUCGCUACAAACGAUUCAAUGGAUAUUGCUAAGGCCUCGACUUCGAUCCAAACGACCCAUCAAGCAACGGCAUCACGAUUACAAAAACGACUUAGACUUGACCACCAAUAUCUUCUUGGAGACUAUGCGCACUGGCCAGUCGUUCAAGCCAAUGCGAUGGCACGAAGUAUUGAAGCGAUACGGCAUGGAGAAUAGACUGGAAACUCUCGAGAGACUGUCCGUUUGGUUGGCCCUAUGGUACUCUGGCCGCCUCAGUGUUGAUGAGUGGCCGCUUGGUAGACCUUCGUCCCGUGAUCAAGGCCCUAGCAAGGCACACACAACAACACCGGGCAAAGAUAAUCAGCAUCCUCUAGCUGCCAUAUUCACACCCCAUCUUUUGCGUGCCAUCGUCGCAUGGGGGUUCAAGAGUGAGGCGUCAUCUCCCGAGAUCAUUACUUCUAUCAAUCUAGGCUCUUCAGCAAACUCGGGCGAUCAAGGGCAAGAACUGGACAUCAAAAUGAAUCAGACCCCGAGAGACUGGACUAGAGGUCUUGUGCUUGUUCGCAAACUUCACAGCUUUGGCGUCGACCUCAAGGACAGAGGCUUGCGCAGAGAGGUCAAGUUGCGACUCUGGAUUCUUUACGGGCCAGGAAGAUCAACUGUAGCAGCCAACAGACAAGCCCAGAAGAUGAACAAAUUCUCUCUGGUACACCGAGUCAACCAAAUACACCGGAUUAUGGGUUUCAACUGGCUUCGACUUCCUAUAUCGAUAAGAGGGCGCUCUGACGUGAGCCACUGGACAAUGUACCACGCAUUGUUCGGCCAACCUAGGAGAGCGAGGAAGCGAACAACGAGAGAUCGUGGUUGA